AUGUUGCGUCUGGUUUUCGUCUUUGUUAUAGCGGGGCUGUUCCCAUGCCACAGUCUUUCCACAGACAACUCCUUCCACCACAACGUGGACUUCACAACUGACGACAACGGUGAACGGUUCAAGCUUCACAGUUCUGGGGUCCUCAGUGAUGUUGUUGAUCUUGAUGUCGUUGAUGGACUAAAGCGCCUCGUGUGUGUGGACGACAGGGUCCUGUUGGUGACCACUCAGAAGGAUGUCGGCAGGGACUGGAGAGUGGGUCAGCUCAUCCUGGGGAGCACAACAUGGAGGUGUAAUGCGUCACAGGGAUCUGGUGGAGAUGGGAUCUAUGCUAAGAUCUCCAGCAUCUACUUUCCUACCGAAUAUCGUAUUUCCAUGCACGUUGUCCCUGCUGGGCCUUAUGACAUGAUAGAGGAAGCCAACAUUCACUUCCGCUACAGCCCUGGACGAUCGGAUCUGCCCGUUGAAACCAAGCGACGUCAUCGCCGUUACCUGUCCAACAUCCUCACCAAAAUACUCGGGAAUCUCGACUGGCAGGCCAAUUUCUCAACCAGAAUACCCUUCAAUGAACAUCAUAAUCAAAGUAGUAGCUCUGAGAAAUACUUUACAGUCCACAAGACCUCAGGUGCGAGACAGGUAAAUGUGACAUUUUCUCCGUCGCAAGAAGAACUGCUCAUGCUGAAGGAUGACUUCACUGUGAGGUGCAUGGAUUGUCAUGGGGGAACAGACAUGUCAUAUGUGUUUGAACUACUCAUAAAGAAGGUAAACAACAAGCCGAAAUUGGUGAAAUACAUAUCACAGCUCGAAGGUGAAUCCCAACUACGGGCUGAUAUUGAAGUAGAGUUCAGCCAGGAGAUGGGCGUGAACUACACAACCCCCCUGUGGGAAACUGGGCCGAUCGAACUCAUCCGUAUACCCGUGGCUGCAGUCAGGCAAUUACCUCCAGUGGAGCUAUCUCUAGCUUACAACACACAAGCUCUGGCAAGCGUCUUUGGUUACUCCGGAGGCUCUGGUAGAGGCAGAACAGGGUUCAGAGCAAGUGGCAGAUAUACAAUAUCGCAGCAGUUUGAUGCAUCAUCAUCGUUGCACGGAGACAUCACAUCUCACGCCUGGACAUCGGAUGGACAGGACACAGUAGAGAUGGCUGUUCCUGACACAUUCAACGUCACCGUAGAUGUGUUCCAGAAGAUUUUUUUCAAUGCCUCUGUUUCCUGGAAAGUAAAGGACAUAACCAUCAACCUGUACCCGCCAAUGGAAAUAAUGGAUGUUAUGUUAAAUCCGAAGAUCACGAAAAGAGAGACACUCACAGAGUCCAGCCUGUCCCUGACAUGUUUGGCCCAUUGUGACGGCCCUGCAGAACUUGGGCCUCCACUCACACAGGACCAGGUGUGUGGCGGAAUGACUGACGGGGUUGUACGGGGCAGCAGUCUCUUCAACAAGUUCGAGGUUUUGGAAGGAACGGACAUUGUGUUUGCUGCUGAGGAAAGUGAACUUUGUGAACUGACGCCAUCAACAUGUUCAUUAUGCAACAACCAUUCAACAAGCAUCUGUGCUAGUAGAUAUGUGAUACCUCGUCUUGCCCGUGCAAUCACUAAACUGAGUCACUUGGUCAAAACAGAGUGGGCAAACGCAACACUCGUAGUACUUGCGGCCUGGGAUGAACCAAGCCCAGCCUUUCCUGAUGGUCACCAUGGAAACAGUUCACUCCACUAUGAAGGCAGAGCUGCUGUUGUAACCUUGUCAGGAGUUCCAGCCGCCAACACCGUUGACAACACGAUCUUUGACAGACUGGGCUCCCAGUGCGUCUGUUCUGGAUUCGACUAUGUCAGCAUCAACAGAGAGCUCGCUGUUGUCCACGUUGCGAUCAAGAAGGAUGGUGUGAUGACCAUGAGUACUGAAAGAGCAAUGUUUGAAGAACUUAUAGCUGACGAUGGUGAUGACGAUAGAUUCCAAAGGUGUGCGAAAGAGGCCCCUACUCUGAAUGUAGGCGACACCAUACCAUCCGGAGAAGGCGUGGAUGAGGCAUGUGGACCACCUCAAGGUGUUCUGAGCAGAUUGAAUUCUGAAGAUAUGCAAAGGCUGUAUCACUACGACAAAAGUGAUGUUGUGUUCAGGCCUGAGGGAACCUCCAGCAGUGUGUGUGGAUUCUCCACCCGAAGAUGUAGAACACCAUGUCUACCCUCCAUGAACCAAACAGAACCUUGGUCAUACUGCAGCACUCGGCUAAUGACUCCCAGGAUGGCACUCAAACUACGACAACUCGCUAAACUAGCACACGCAGAAGACAUAGGCGUGAACGUUGAAAGAGCAUUUGCUGAGCAGUCAGACAUGCUACUGCAUUACAGAGAAGGAAGGCUAUGCUCGAAGGCUGAGCAGCCAGUAUUCUGCAAACAAACCUUAUCAUUCCGCAAGGAGGAGGCUAGAAAGUUGCAGGAGCGAAUGACUUCAGCUGCUGGAUUUGGUCGUCUGCCCAGACUGGACCUCAAUCCGGACAUAGAGAAAUGUCUUGUUGAGUUAUGCGGGGGAUGUCCGGCGACAGGUCAUCUGUGGGAUGAGAAAGUGAAAGCAUGUUCAGUGGUUGUGGACAAGUUUAUCAACCGAGCAACCAGAGCAUACCCUGAUCUGACAGACCGGGCAACCUUCUUUGACACCGAGACGGCAGAGUCCAGCGUCCACUCCCUCGCCUGCCAUGACGGCAACAUCUGUGUUGAAAACAUUCAGCUGUACUCUUUGUUAAUGCCGUUGAUGACGUCACGUUAUCCAACAGAGCCUUCAGGCAGUAUUGAGGUUUUGAUGUUCAGCUCCGAGAAGAAUCCGAUGCCAUUGAUGGAACUGGUUGAGCAGGAGAUGGCCUACAGGUCUGCGGGCAGGGUUCGAAUCUACAUAGAUCACCAGGAAGAUGUGAAGAGCUUGAAAGGAAUUCUGAAGGUCCUCAUGGUCUACAACAAGAACGUAUCUGAAGUCGAGUUCCAUGUCUAUGAUGACCUUGACAUUGAUCUGAUAAAGGCUGACGUCCAGCGCAACCUGGACGUGUGGGCAGGUGAGACGUGUUCCGAUCACAGCAGAUUCGCAAUAUCACCCUUCACAUUUCACCAACUGAGUCACUCCCGGAGGAAGAGAAGCCUUGCAAGGAGUCAACACAGGAAUGAGGCUCGACAGAAAAUAUUCGACUGGGAGAUGGAGUGGAUGAUGAAGCUUCUGUAGUCCUUGAAGCACAUUUUGAUUGAUUAUUAUAGUCA